UCCUCCAUAGAUGAUUCCAAGAAGGCUGAUCUCGCUAUCAAAGAUGUCAGCAACAAGGAGCUGAAUGGCCUUAUCGAACAGUACUUCAAAGGGGACGAGCAAAUACUUCCGUCGAUUAUGGAGGCUAUAUUGAAGCGCGGGCUUUCUAAGAAGCACGAAGAAACGGAUGAUGAGUUGAUGGACGAACUCCGGAUGGCGCCGCUGGAGGAUGUCAAGGAUGCCGAGUUCGAAUCCGACUUCGAGGAACUCCACGAGACCGAUGAGGAGAUUGUUGACCUCUAUAAUGCUCGUGAGUACGUGGAGAAGAAGUUGAUGAAGGACGAAUUCUUCAACAUGGAUGAUCGAAAGUGGGAUGAAAUGAUCAAAGAGGCAACAGAGCAGGGCUUCCUGAAGGAUACUAGGGAAUGCGAGCAAAUACUUGAGGAUAUGCUCAGCUGGGACAAGCUCCUUCCUGGUAACUAUUAA